GCCGCCCGCCCGAGGGGAGCGGCAGCAUGAGCGGAGCGGAGCCGGGGCCCGGGGAUGCCUCCCGGCCCGGCGCGGCCUCCCGGCGGCGGUACCCGGCCCUGCCCGUGUGGGUGGUGGAGGACCACCAGGACGUGCUGCCUUUCAUCUAUCGUGCCAUUGGUUCAAAGCAUCUUCCUGCCAGUAACAUCAGUUUUGUUCAUCUUGAUUCCCAUCCAGACCUUCUCAUUCCUGUGAAUAUGCCUGCAGACACUGUAUUUGACAAAGAAGCUCUUUUUAGUGAAUUAAGUAUUGAAAACUGGAUUAUGCCUGCUGUUUAUGCUGGCCAUAUUUCUCAAGUAGUGUGGCUUCACCCACCCUGGGCUCAGCAGAUCUCAGAAGGGAAACACAGUUUUCUUGUUGGGAAAGAUGUAUCAACAACAACAAUCAGGGUUACAGGCACAGAUAAUUACUUCUUAAGUGAUGGUCUUUAUGUUCCUGCUGAUCAGCUAGAAAACCAGAAGCCUUUAAAUUUGCACGUCAUUCUCAUCAAUCCUACUGAAUCAUCAAACAGCCGUGAAGGAAAUGGUGAAGUAACAUCUGCUAAAAGACUGAAGCUUAAUACAGAUGACAUAGCAAGUGCCACUUCUUCCUCUUCAGAGGCUCCUGAUGACUUUGAUCACAUCAUCCCCAGUGUGAGGAAAAAGGAAAUACAAAAUGCAGGUGCCCUAAAUGGGGCAGAAACUUUGGCAGAGGGCUCAGCUUCAAGCUAUCUUAAAAACAGUGAAUGUCCAGUAAGGGACAUUGCUAAAGAUGUCUGCCAAGUACUGCAGAAAGGGGAUGCAUAUGUUUUGGACAUCGACUUAGAUUUUUUUUCAGUUAAAAAUCCAUUUAAAGAAAUGUACACACAGACAGAAUAUGAGCUUUUGCAAGAGUUGUACAAUUUCAAGAAGCCACAUAAAAAUGCAACAGAGGAAGAUUUGCUGGAUUGUGUUGAAAACCGUGUUCAUCAGCUGGAAGAUCUGGAAGCAGCAUUUGCGGAUUUGUGUGACAGUGAUGAUGAAGAAACCCUACAGAAAUGGGCUUCAUAUCCUGGAAUGAAGCCACUUGUUCAACUAGUUCACAGUUUGAAAACCAGGAUGGAAAGCCCAGACUAUGAAAUGGUCCAUCAAGCUGGUCUGACCUGUGAUUAUGUGGAGCUUCCUCACCAUGUUAGCACUGAAGAUGAGAUCCAAGGCCUCAUGCAAUCCAUUAAAGUUCUACUGACAGAUCUGCCCAAGCCCACUCUGGUGACAGUUGCUCGAUCAAGUUUGGAUGACUACUGCCCUUCAGAGCAGGUUGACAUCAUUCAAGAGAAGGUUCUUGAUUUACUACGUUCAGUGUAUGGCUCGCUGGAUGUGCACUUAGAUUACUCAAACACUUCAUCUUCUUCAUGACCUUUCUUCUUGUGUUGCUGUCUAAUGAAGAGGAUUAAUUUAAAUUGUUCAUUAGCUGUGAUUGCAAGGGGAAGACUGCUGUUAUUUCAGCAGGUGGCACUAGAACCCAAGGUGACCCAGCUAGGGUUUGGGUUGCAUUGCUUUCUCCACAUUAGCUGCAUGUGAACUGUUACCUGUUUGGCUUUGUUCAGAUUAGUGCUGUAAUUCUUAUUUUUACCAUCUUGUUUCUUAAAAUUGGUGCAAGAGAAACGACUUUUUGUCUAUAAAUUGAGGGAUUUUGUCCCUUUUCUUUGCGUCUGUAAAAAAAAAUUAAAAUACAUAAUUUCUUAAAAUGGUUUUCUGUUAUGUAUGUUUUUUGUAAUUUGGUAACAGAUUUGCUCCUGAGUUGUAUUAUGUCUUUUAAGAACUGGUUUUAAAGAUGCCCUUAAAAUUGUUGGUCUGUGUAGUGAUCUUUCCUAUCUAUUUUGCUGAGAUGACCCUCUCAUUUCUCUAGAGCAGCUCAUGGCUUCUGCCCCAUCCACAGAAUAUCAUUUAUGUUUAUUUUCUGUCUCACUAAUGUCUUAUUUUGCCUUAGAAUAUUUUAUUGGUGGCUUAGAUAAUAUCCCUAAUAUACAGACAUUGGGCUUGGUAUUUUCACUUCUACAUUAUUUUGAGGAUAAAAAGUAUGUGUGCACGUGUAUGCUUUUAUGUUUUAAAUCCUGUAAGGAAUUGAUCGCUUUUUCAGAAACAAAGAUUUUGCUUCACUGAAGUCAGCAGCAAAACAUUCUGUACCAGGCUUUCACUCAUUUCAGUAUUGCUAUUUAGGAAAUAACAGUUUUAGAACUACUUAAUUUAGAAAUCAAUAUAGCUCUAAAGAAAACUGGCACUUCAGAGUUAAAAACCACACAGGAUUUAUUGGGAAUGAAACUGAAACAGGAAAGAAAAUGCUACCUAGAACAUUACCUUUUAUUAUGAAUAAAUUUUGCUUGUAAUUUCUUCUGAAA